UGGCCUUUUUGAGCAGAUGUGCCAUGCGGUCAUUACAAAGCGAUGAACAGUGGUGAUGGGAUCUAGCAUGAUGAUGCUAGGUGUUUCUGCAUAUCUGCAAAAUCAGCGCAAAAGGCGCCUCACUGACGAGAGCUCACAGCGGCGCAGGCGGCGGCGCGUGUCCUCGUCCACUUGCGGUAGCGUGCGAUCUCGCGUACGAGGCGGCUUCAAUUUCGAAUUUCGAUCUUCGAGAGUCGCGCUCGAGGUUGUCAAAGAUAUCAUAUCAUCAUAAACGUGCAUCGGUGCUGUUAUGGUGAAAGCAGAGUCUCGAGCAGUGACAAGCUUGCCUAAAAAACGCAAGAAUUUACAGGAUGUGGGAUUCGUUCCCGAUAUCAAGAGACUGAAACAGGAAUUAUUGGAAAGUGGUACAGUUACUAGGCGCCCUGUUUUCUUUCCACUCGCGAAACGCCGUGGAGUUGAUAUUCUCCGUGAUGUGCUUUCAAGGCUUCAAGGUGGUGAUAGGCAAAUUGCAUCCAUCCUACUUCGAGAGUUCUCAGUCGAGCACCUCCCUACAUUAAACAAGGACUUGCCUGAAAUAGUUAGUCUCAUAAUCACUUCGGCUUCGGUAACCACCUACGAUCAGAUUGCAAAACAGCUUCUCAGAAUGCUUCUUUGUGUUAUGGAAAAAGCAGACAGUUUACUGCGUAACAGUGUUGUUCAACGGUUGCUUUCUGAAUCGGCGAAGGAAUCGAACUUGUUUACACGAUCAUACUUGGAUGAAGGUUUGCUUUUAUUGUUGACAGAAGCGCUCACUAGUGGUGCAGUAGCCUUUAACUCAAUACCUAUAAGAGCUUUACGGUGUGCCGAUCGUGCUUUGCAUUCCUCCUCACAUUUAUGUCGAUGCGCAGCUAUAGGAUUUCAUGUGGCCAGAGUCAUGAACCGACGACCGGAUCCUACAUCUUUGCUGGUUCUAGAAAAGCUCCUUUGUCAGAUGACCACAGACAUGGAUUCGAGGGUACGUCUUUCGGCUACGGAAGGACUAGCAAUCAUGAGCAAAGUGGAGGAUGGGCUCACUGUUCAGGCUUAUGGCACUGUUAAAAACUUAGUCGGUGACUCCCAUAGACAAGUGCGAAUCAUUGCUUUACGCCUACUUCUCUAUUUCGCCAACAGGAUUCCGAACUUUUUGAUCACCAGUGCUUUUUCGAACACGACGGACACAAAGUUACAGCUUUGCGAUGAUGCAUUUUCCGUCGUCUGUGAUGCUGUCAAUGACCAAGAGGUCAUGGUUAGAACAGAAGCAGCUACAAUACUGGGGCAAUUCUCUAUUGUUUCUGACGCAUUUCUUGAUCAAACGCUUGACAAGAAGAUGAUGAAGACCGUACAGGAUGCAAGUGGAAGAGAGCAGGUGAAAAAAGUGCAUCAGUCGAGAUUUGCCAUCACGCAAACACCACAACAACGAGAGUCACGCUGGAAGUCUCACUAUCAUGAUCAGUCACGCCAUAAACAAUACGCUUCGGAUUGGUCAUCUGGGAAAGAACUGAAUGCUCGUUGCCCUCCGAGUGGGGCUACUACGUCCUCAAGUGAUGAAUCUGGAAGCAUAGUUCCUCGUGGAGCAUGUGGUGCCUUUGUUACGGCACUGGAAGACGAGUUCAUGUCUGUCCGACGAGCUGCUGUUCAUUCACUUGGUCAGUUGGCAGCGAACAGGCCAGCAUUUGCUACUACCGCUCUGGAUCAUUUGUCUGAUAUGUUCAACGAUGAGAUUGUUGAGGUUCGCCUUGAUGCGAUCGCUGCUUUAACACCACUCAUUGUGCAUGGAGAACUGCAGAAAGAACAGUUGGAGACUGUUCUGAAAUGCUUAGACGAUGCCAUAAUAGAUUCACGACAAGCCUUGCGUGAACUGCUUACGAAAGCUGAAUUCGCAGAUGCAGAAUGUAUGCGGAUUUGUGCUAGAGCUCUAUUGAACUGUCUGCAUCGCUUUCCAGCCGAUAAAAAUAGUAUUUACAGAUGUUUGAGCAAAGUGGGCAUGCGUCAUGCCGUAUUCGUUCAUGGAAUGGUCAGAGAACUGCUUGGUUUGCAUCUAGUUUAUGAUACGAGAGAACAACAGAUCGAUGACGUUUACUAUAUUGCCAAACUUGUUUUAAUAUUAAAUGCAGCAGCUAACUACGAGCCAAUAGUAUCCCUUCUGCCAGAAUGUGUUCUUAAACACUAUAGAUUUCUUCGCGCUGCAGUACCUGAUCUGGUACCCCCAAUCAAGGUUUUGGAAAAAGCUGACAGUAACUCGAACACUGCUGCGUCGUCGCCUUCCAGAGAACAAGCUGCAACUAGUGCAGAUAUAUUGGUGAAUACAUAUGAACGCUUACAGGAGGUUAUUCGUGAGCCAACUCUUACCGACAGAAAUGCUUUGCGAAGGUAUAUAGCAGACGAUGCUAAUGCAAUCAGCGCAUUCAAUGAGCCCCUUGCUGGUGCUGCUCAAUUCAUCGCAAGUCUCUGUGAAAUCAGUUCUGCGCUGGAAUCGCUUACGCAGAUGGUUUUGAGAGGUGGUGAUAUUGCAGAUGCUGCUAAUACCGUACAUCAGGAACUAGUGCGUGUGCGCUGCGCAGAAUACCAAUUUGCUGGUAUAUCGGUCCAGAUGGCUUCAUUUCUCGUUGAAGCAGGCAUGUUUCUCAGCCUGCUGCAGUUAUUGGUUGAGGCAACCUCUUCACCGGAACGCUAUCCAGCAAUUGUGCUUGGUAUUCGCAGUGUCAUAGCAGAUGCACAAAAUCGAUGGGCCGUCAUAGGGCCACCCAGUGAACAAGCAUUAGCGCUUAUCUCUGCUAUACAAGAACCUCUCGACUGCAUCCAGACCGAUGGCAAGAAAAUUCUUUCGGCCGCCACAUUCGGACAUCUCUUAGUGAAUCAUACGCCAUCUCUCCCACAAGUAUUUUCAGAUAUAGGAAAUAUCAAAACUAAGUGGGCUCAGAUAACUGAACCGAAUCGCGAUGUGGCAUUGGAGAAGCCCCUGCGUUUUGUGGCCGGGUUGCCGUGUGGUGUUCAGCUUGUGGCGUCCCUCCACAAUCUUGAAGACGAAGACCUGCAGAGUCUUCGGGUUCAGAUCGAAUACCCGAACAAUUCUCGUGAUUAUUUUCAUCCACGUUCAAUGGAUAUCUCGAAAGAAGGGAAUAUCAUUUCCUCAAAGGUGUUGAUCUCUUCCGUAGAUACGUGGAGCGAUGCUGCAGACGUGACUCUGACUCUUGUCCUUUUAGCACACUCAUUUUCCCAUAAACUAGUCUCAGUUCCGUUGGUAGACUCGCCCAGCAGUGCUCAGCCGGCAUCGGUGAGAUUGAGAGUGCAUCCCAUGACGAGAACAUAAUGUGUCUUGAAUAGUGUGAAGUUGUACAUUGAACUUGUUGCGAUAUAUUACGAAGUUUAUGCUACUGCCAUCGAAAUAGUCCGAAAGUUAUAAUCAACUUUGACCAACGAUAAGUACCACCGUGUCGUUUCCGACAAGUGUACCACAAUGAGACUUAUAAUUUGAGACCUUAAUACUUUUGCGAGUUUUAAUUCAGAAUGGGCUUAGUGAUGCGAUUUGGCCUAGAAUCCCAUACUUUUCACUGCUACGAUGGCGAUGUAGUCGAGUGUCUCUAUGACAUGUUCACUUAUGCGCAUCAAUUCAGACAUAGCAUAGAGUACAUCCCAGUCAUGGUAAUUUGAUUCACUAUUCUACUACACUCAAUAGCC